AUGUACAUCCCAAAAUCUAUGGAAAUUACUGAUGAACAGACACAAAUAAACUUUAUAAAAUCUUACCCAUUUGGUGUCCUUUUCAGUUAUGAAGCCCCUUCUAUGUUUAAUAGAAAGUUAGACGAUCAAGAGAUGUGCGCAACUCAUUUACCAUUUUUAUUUAUGGAAGACAAGGAUGGGCAACAUAAGCUUAUUGCGCAUAUUGCCGCUAAGAAUUAUCAUGGUGAAAUGUUAAAGAAAAAUAAGAAAUGCAUGGUAGUCUUCCAAGGUCCAAACUCAUAUGUUUCCCCUGCUUGGUAUCCAGAGAAAAAGGUUACUCACAAAUUUGUUCCUACUUGGGAUUACACAGCUGUUCAUGUAUAUGGAGAAGCAAAAAUAAUUACCGAUCGUGAAAAAUUGUUAGAAAUUGUUGCUAUGAUUAGUGAUCAACAAGAAUCUAAAAGGCCAGAAGGAGAUAAAUAUGAACCAAAAUGGAGUAUAUCUGAUGCUCCUGAGGAAUAUAUAAAGGCGCUUUUGAAAAAUAUUGUUGGUUUAGAGAUCGACAUUAGUAAGAUUCAAGCAAAGUUUAAAUUGCACCAGAUCAACUCACCUAUGAAUGUGAAUGGUUUGAUUAAAGGCUAUGAGGAGGAACUCAGUAACGAUUUAGGGAAGACAAUGGCAAGCUUAACAAAAGAAUAUUACCCUAAACCAUUAUAG